GGCUAUCUAUCUAGGAUGGGUUUUAAAUAAUAAUAAGGCGUGCAUUGAAAAGGAAGAAGCGCAUCUGGUUUGGUCCCAUAUGAUGGCCAGGUUCAUCUCCAACAAGACGAAGACCCACUUACUCCGUCACUCCGAAUCGGCGAAGGGGGUGAUAGUGUGCCAUCGCCACCAAUCCUCGGAAGCAACGAAGGCGAAGUGGGUGGAGAUCGAUGGAGUGAAGCUGUUGGAGGAGCACGUCCAGCGUGUUAUGGUGAAGAAGGCCACACCCGAUUGGCUUCCCUUCCUCCCCGGUUCCUCCUUCUGGGUCCCACCUCCUCCUUCCCCCUUUCUUCACAAAUUCUCCAUCCCCUCUCAUCCCUUCUUCCUUCAAGAUGACGAAUCUGGGAAUUCUAUUGCCACCCCUCGAGGGACAGAGGUUACUGUGCAACUCAAGGUUAUGACACCCGCUGAACACGUGUCUCUCUCUGAAGAUGAGGAAGGAUGAUCAUCAUGGGUUGCAAACUAAGAUCAAUGAGAGGGAACUAAGCUAUUUGAAGAUCAAGAAGACAGUGCAUGAAAAUGGGAAUUCCUGCACAGGUGAACUACUGCUUGCUUUCGGAUUAACCCGUCUCACGUUUUUUGGUCUUAAUGUUAUUUGUAUAUACUUUGGUUGGUGACCAAGCACUUGAAAAAUAACCAAUGUGCGUAGAAUAUUGUCAUGUUGAACCUUUUACACUGGGUGAUGUAUGUAUUUGUGUAACUAAUAAAGCAAGAGCUUCUUUGAGCAUUCCUCUUAACGACCAAACACCUGCUCAAUUCAA